AUGUCUGCCAAUAAUAAUAAAGAUGAAUCAUUCUUUGGAAAAAAGAAAAUUUUUGCCCUUGUUAAUGGGUCUAGAGCUGUUAUAUUAUCAACGGGAAUGUUUAUUGGUAGAGCUGUAAUGGGAACUGCUACAUCAACUAUUGGAAAUCAAAAUACUGAAGAAGAAGUAUGUAUUUCAGAACGAUUAUUAAGAAUGCUUGAUCAAAAACCAUUAAAAAUGGCAACAAUGUUAAAAUUAACAAGAAUAGUAAAUGAUGCCACACCAGAAGAAAAGAUUGAAUUUUUUAAUAAUGGUGUGAUUAAAAAAGUAUGUACACGAUUAAUAGAAGAAGGAGAUUUAAAAAUUAAUAAUUAUAAAGGUUUAUCUAAAACAAAUUCUAAUCCAGAAAAUAUGGAUAAAAGAAAGCAAAAAAAACGACAUAAUAGUAUUACAUCAUUAGCAAUACGAGGAAUUGGUUAUGGAACUGGAUCAACACGUUCACGUUGGGAUGUUGAAAAAGCUAUUGAAGAACGUAUAACAAAAGAAGAACAUAUUAUAUGGUUAUUAAAUGCUUUAACGGCAUUUCUUUAUAAAUCUUAUAAUGAUACUACAUCAUUAGACAUAACAACAUUUGCCAAAACAGAUUUUAGUUAUUUAAAACCAGAAAUUUGUAAAGAAAUAUAUGAUACAAAAGUAUUAAUGUUAUUUGACUAUCAUUUAACAAAUGAUAGUAUUUUUGAUAUAUCAGAGCGUGUAGAUUUAUUUGAGGCUAUCUUUGAAACAAUAAGUGUAAUGUCAAUGAUACCAAAUUUUGUUCAAUAUAUUGUUUAUCCAUUAUAUGGAGAUGGAAAAAGUAUUUCAAAAGAAUUAAUUCCAACAUUUAGGCAUACUCUCCAAACAUAUCCAAAUUUAUUUAAAAGGCAAAUGAUAACACCAGAUUAUCGUUUAAUUGAAUUUAUUAAACAUGUUGAAAAAUAUUCAAAAAUGAUUAUGAAUGCAUCAAGAGAAUUUGAAACGUUAUUACCAGUUGAAGAAAGAAUUAAAACAUCUAUUGGUAAAAGAAAUGAUUGUGAAGAAAGUCGAUUAUUAACACCAAAAGUUAUUGAAAAUAUUUUUGAAGUUGGUAAACAAUUAACUCCUGAAAAUAUUAUUGAAUUGGAUAAAGUUUAUAGUAAAGUUAUGUCAGAAUGGGUUAUGCAAAGUUAUCGUUUUGUUGAUAAUGAUGGUAAAUUAAUUGUACCUUUUACUUAUGCAAAAGACGUCAAGAAUGUUAAUCCAUUUGCAGGAGCACUAAGAGAGAGAACAAAAAGAAUAGCUAAAGAAUUGGCAUCAAUGGUUAAUUCAUUACCACAAAAUGCAAGUAAUAGUAUAUUUGUUUGUGUUGAUGAAAGUAGAUGUGAUAUAAUAAAAGUUCUUAUUAGUGGACCUGAUGAUACACCAUAUGAAAAUGGUUUAUUUGAAUUUGAUGUUUUCUUUCCAACAUCCUAUCCAUUUUCACCACCAAAAUGUUCUUUUCUUACAACAGGAAAUGGUAAUGUUAGAUUUAAUCCAAAUUUAUAUAAUGAUGGAAAAAUUUGUCUUUCUAUUCUUGGAACAUGGGAAGGAAGACCAGAAGAGAAAUGGAGUCCAUACUGCUCACUUUUACAAGUUCUUAUUAGUAUUCAAGGGUUAAUAUUUGUUAAAGAGCCAUAUUUUAAUGAACCAGGUUUUGAAAAAUAUCGUGGAACUGAAAAAGGUGAUUCUUUUUCAAAAAAAUAUAAUUUACAAAUAGAACAUGCAACUAUAACAUAUGCUAUUCGUGAUCAAAUAGUUCAACCUUCAAAACAUUUUGAAUCUGUCAUUAAACGUCAUUUUUGGUUAAAAAGACAUGCAAUAAUUAAACAAGCUCAUAGAUGGGUUGUUGAAAUGAGAAAAGAAAUUGCUGAUAUGAAUAAACCAACUAAAAAAAGAGAUUCAUUUUGUUUUGAUACAGUUUAUAAUCCUGUUAUUCAAGAAAAAGUCAUUCAACAAUUAAUAUCAGAAUUAACAAAUAUGAAAUGUCCUAUAGAAGUACAAAUAUAA